CUCCAGGCAGGAAGUGCCGGCGCCGCCGCUGACCGGCCACAGCCCAGAGCUCGCGCCCGUCGCUCGUCGUCUCGCGCAGGGCAGCCCCGGUUCAGGUGUCUGUCGCCGGAAUUAAACAGCCACCAUGUCGAGCAAAAAGGCCAAGACCAAGACCACCAAGAAGCGCCCUCAGCGCGCCACGUCCAAUGUGUUUGCCAUGUUUGACCAGUCACAGAUUCAGGAGUUCAAAGAGGCCUUCAACAUGAUUGAUCAGAACCGAGACGGUUUCAUCGACAAGGAGGAUUUGCAUGAUAUGCUUGCUUCACUGGGGAAGAAUCCCACAGAUGCAUACCUUGAUGCCAUGAUGAAUGAGGCUCCUGGCCCUAUCAAUUUCACCAUGUUCCUCACCAUGUUUGGUGAGAAGUUGAAUGGUACCGAUCCUGAAGACGUCAUCAGAAAUGCGUUUGCAUGCUUCGAUGAAGAAGCCACAGGCACCAUUCAGGAGGACUACCUGAGAGAGCUACUGACAACCAUGGGAGACCGGUUUACAGAUGAGGAGGUGGACGAGCUGUACAGAGAAGCUCCCAUUGACAAAAAGGGGAACUUCAAUUACAUUGAGUUCACACGCAUCCUUAAACAUGGAGCAAAAGACAAGGAUGACUGAGAGGACUUUAGUUAAAACCCUCUCUUAAAUUGUCUUACACUAUUCUAUUUCUCAGACACUUCCCCCACCCUCAUAGAACCUGUUGCAUGCAGCUUAGUUUCACAGCUUUGCCCUUUUUUGAUGUAUUUAUUCCAGACCUUUCUGCCACUUAGCACUUGUAUAAUCAGACUGGAAAUGGGGACAAGGUUCUAAAUUGUAUUGGAAAAGAGAUUGCGAAUAAAAAUCAACAAAUGUGAAAGCCUAGGAAAUAUAUCCGUAUUUCUGAUUUUGGUGGAUUUUUACCUUUUUAUAUAAUAAAAAUGCUAUUUUGAAAUAAAGAUUAUGCUGACUCAAA